AAAAUAAAAAUAAAAGAACUUAAAGCCCGAAAACCGAAAACGAAGGACCCUAAACAUAAGGAGAUUGUUUUGUUAUAAUUUAUUUGUUGAUAUCGCUCACUCGUGUGUAAUAUCUCAUACUUAUGAUUUACAUUCCACGCAGUCGACGUUGAAUCUAGUUUUGUGUGUUCAUUUGUUUUAAUUGCUUUCGGAUACUGCGAGCGAUGUUCUAUAUCUGUUUUUUCUGCAGAUGUGCGCCACUAACCGGCUUCAUAUUGUUACGUUGCGGAAGUCACAUAUACAGAUGUAUUUACAAUAUUUGCAAGUUAGGCAACGAUAGAUAAAGAAGAUGGCUGGCGAGACCGAUUCUGCCUCUACACGUCAAAUCGUCUUCUGACUCUUGGUUGCACCGUAACAAUAUUAUCUGCCCCGCACGUCCCUAACGCGACGUUCCUUCUUAUGGGAAUUGCGAAAAACCUUUUCGCAAUUGAACCAUGUGCCAUAAACGAAAUAACUGAAAAGUUAAUUAGUGAAAGCGUUUGAUUAGGAGCCUGACCAUUGCGAUUUGUCGCGCAGAUAGUGUCCGCCUCUUCAGGUAAUCAACAUGAGCAGGCCGCACUAUAGGCUCCACGCAAUUGCUUAAAAAUCUUUUUCAACGUAACAAACAAACAAACAAACAAACCCCCAAACAAACAAACAAACAAACAAACAAAAAAGGCACGGUAUGCUGUAUAACUAAAUUUUCUGGUGAGCGUAGAAACAGCCGCGAAACUGCGACCAUGCAAUGCCUAACACUUCAUCGCAUGAUCCGCUCGUUGUUUCUGUAUUUUUCUGUUUUUAUUUUAGGAAGCGCACGAGGCCUAACCAUCACACGGCACAACAUGGUUAUUAAGAGAGAACCGCUACCCAAUGUGUUUGCACUGACAACCCUGCGGCGACGCAGUUCGUGCAGGGACAUCGGAUCACCCCUGGAAGCUCAACAGACGGAGCCUAUCUGCAAAGAGGCCGAAGACAGCGAAAGGUCCUCGCCCACCUCGAGCGGCUUGGGAAGCCAGCUGGACUUGGCCGUCGAACCGAGGAGGGGCAAAUGGGCAAGCAAGGCGGACUUUAUUUUCAGCUGCAUCAGCUACGCCGUAGGUCUGGGCAAUGUCUGGCGUUUCCCAUACCUCUGCUACGAGAACGGAGGCGGCGCAUUCCUCGUGCCGUACUUCAUCUGCCUCCUCACGACGGCGGUUCCCAUGUUCUACUUGGAGGUGGCCGUGGGCCAGUACCUGAGCAAGGGCGGCAUCGGUGUUUGGGCCUUAGCGCCGAUGUUCAAAGGCAUCGGCAUCGCAUCGUUUGUGGUCUUGACGCUGAGUAACGUCUACUACAUGGUGAUCGUUGCGUGGAUCCUCUUCUAUUUGAUCUCGUCAUUCGCCACCGUGCUCCCCUGGAAGCACUGCGGCAACCACUGGAACACCGACAAGUGCUGGGAGCACAACGAUACCUACCCGACGCCGCCGCACAACGGAUCUGUCACGCCCAUCGUGGAGUUCUGGGAAAACCACGUGCUUGGAAUCACGUCCGGACUGCACGAGAUUGGGAACAUGCGCCUGGAAAUAGCCCUCUAUUUGCUCCUCGCUUGGGCCACGGUGUACCUCGUCAUCUGGAGGGGCCUUCACCAAAGCGGCAAGAUUGUAUGGGUGGUGGCACUGUUUCCCUACGUUUGCCUGUUUAUUCUACUCGUGAGAGGCGUCACGUUGAGCGGAGCGACCGACGGUCUCUUGUUUUACAUCAAGCCUGAUUGGAGUCAGCUGCUAAAGCCGAAGGUAUGGAUUGCUGCCGGCACUCAGGUGUUCUACAGCUACGGAGUAGGUUUCGGCUCCCUGAUGACCCUAGGAAGCUACAAUGAGUUUCAUCAAAAUUUCUUCAGAGAUUCGGCGGUUGUUUGUGUCGUCAACCCUAUGACGAGCAUUCUGUCCGGAACAGUUAUAUUCUCCGUGCUUGGCCACAUGGCUUUUCUAGCUGGUAAAACUGUAGGAGACGUCGUGAAGUCUGGACCAGGCCUUGCCUUUCUCGUGUAUCCCGAAGUCGUCACUCGGAUGCCGGCCUCGACGAUCUGGUCAAUACUCUUCUUCGUCAUGCUGCUCUUCCUCGGAAUAAACAGCCAGUUUUGUCCAUCGGAAGCGAUAGUCGCCGGACUGAUCGAUCAAUGGCCGCGGCUGGUCACGCGGCGGAGGCUCAUCACUUUUUGUUUGGUCGUGCUCCAGUUCCUCCUUGGUCUUCCGAUGACGACACAGGGUGGAAUGUACAUUUUCCAGCUAAUGGACAACUACGCUGUCAGCGGCAUCACGCUGCUGUUCAUAGUGUUCUUUCAAGCAGUAGCGCUUGCAUGGGUCUACGGGACAAGCAACUUAUCCGAUAACAUCAAGGAAAUGAUCGGCCGCCGACCCAUCCUGCUGCUCCGCUUGGGAUGGACGUUGUUCAUACCCGCCAUGUGUGUGGCCAUAUUCCUGUUCUCGGUGAUCAAGUACCAACCGCUGGUGUACGCUAAGACAUACGCGUACCCGUGGUGGGCCGAGAUGCUGGGCUGGUUCAUGUCCCUGGCCUCCAUCAUUAUGAUUCCCACAUACAUGGUCUACUUCCUCGUAACCACUCCCGGCUCCCUGCGACAGGCUGAAGACAGCGAAGAGUCCUCAUCUGUCACAAGUAGACUGGGCAACAAGGUGAACUCGGCCGGCGCACCGAAGCGGGGAAAGUGGACCGGCAAGGCGGACUUCGUUUUCAGCUGCAUCAGCUAUGCCGUGGGCUUGGGCAACGUUUGGCGGUUCCCGUACCUCUGCUUUGAGAACGGAGGCGGUGCAUUCCUGGUCCCAUACUUUAUCUGCCUCGUCACAACGGCGGUUCCUAUGUUCUACUUGGAAGUGGCCAUGGGACAGUACCUGAGUAAGGGUGGUAUAGGCAUCUGGUCCGUAGCCCCCAUGUUCAAAGGCAUAGGCAUCGCAUCAUUUGUGAUCCUUGCGCUGUCUAACAUCUACUACAUGGUGAUCGUAGCGUGGAUCCUCUUCUAUCUGCUCUCAUCCUUCGCCGCAGUGCUUCCUUGGAAGCACUGCGGCAACCACUGGAACACCGACAAGUGCUGGGAGCACAACGAAACACACCCAACACCGCCGCACAACAGAUCCGUCACGCCCAUUAUGGAAUUCUGGGAGAACCGCGUGCUGGGUAUCACGUCCGGACUGCACGAUAUUGGCACCAUGCGUUUGGAACUGGCCCUCUACUUAUUGAUCGCUUGGGUCGCGGUGUACUUCGUCAUCUGGAAGGGUCUUCACAAGAGCGGAAAGAUAGUCUGGGUGCUGGCGGUGUUUCCAUACGUGUGCCUCUUCAUUCUUCUCGUGAGGGGCGUCACACUUAAUGGAUCAUCCGACGGUCUUCUAUACUACAUUACGCCCGACUGGAGUCAACUACUAAAGCCGAAGGUGUGGAUUGCUGCCGGAACUCAGGUGUUCUACAGUUACGGAGUUGGCUUCGGUUCCCUCGUGACACUCGGUAGUUACAAUAAAUUUCACCAGAACUUCAUAAGAGAUUCAGCGAUAGUUUGUAUCAUCAACCCUAUGACGAGCCUUCUGUCGGGUACAGUUAUAUUCUCUGUGCUCGGUCACAUGGCUUCUGUAGCUGGAAAGUCAGUAGGCGACGUCGUGAAAUCGGGACCAGGCCUGGCCUUCCUCGUAUACCCCGAGGUCGUCACUCGAAUGCCGGCUUCGAUGUUUUGGUCCAUGCUUUUCUUCGUCAUGCUGCUCUUCCUAGGAAUAAACAGCCAGUUCUGCACAUCGGAAGCGGUAGUCGCCGGCGUAAUCGACAAAUGGCCAUCACUGAUCACCCGGCGCAAGCUCGUUACUUUCUGUUUGGUCGUGACCCAGUUUCUGUUAGGUCUCCCGAUGGCGACUCAGGGUGGAAUGUAUCUGUUUCAAUUAAUGGACAACUACGCUAUCAGCGGCAUCACACUAUUGUUCAUAGUGUUCGCUCAGGCAACUGCUCUUUCUUGGGUAUAUGGAACGACGAACAUCUCCGAUAACAUCAAGGAAAUGAUCGGGCGAAGACCAAGCCUCCUGCUCCGACUAGGUUGGACGGUGUUCGCACCGGUCAUGUGUGUGGCUAUAUUCCUGUUCUCUGUGAUCAAGUACCAACCGCUGGUGUACGCCAAGACGUACACGUACCCGUGGUGGGGCGAGAUGUUGGGCUGGUUCAUGGCCCUCUCUUCCAUGGUCAUGAUUCCUGCAUACGUCAUCUACUUCCUGCUCACCACGCCAGGCUCCCUGCGACAGCGAAUCCGAGCGGGUAUGUCUCCACAGCUUGUGGAAUGUGACCAGAAGGAGGAAGAGGAGUACCCGUUAAGGAGUACUUGAAAGGACGACGGCAAGCUCGUCAUUGCCGAUAUACGAUCGCGCGUCUCAACGCGUCAUUUCCUCAAGCAAUGCCGCCCGCGUUCUUUUCUUGUGUGCGUGGUACAGAGUACACGUGCGCCUGAACCGCUAUACUUACUCCAUACCUCAGUCGUAGACCACGACGCGAUGAACUUACAAACGCACGUAUGCAUGUCUUGAAACACAAAGGAUGUUGCAAGUGUUCCGUUCGGUGCUGAUUAUUUUACGAUAUACAAAAUUAUGCUACACACGCCGAAAAGCAGGCGGUUGAAGCAAGUCGUAUAGGUUCCCGCGAAAACACUGGACAUUCAAGAGGGAGGCAUCCCGACCUUUCUUGAAGUUGUAAAAUUAUGGGUACUUGCGAUUGGUAACGUUUAGCAGACUCAUUUCAGGGCGUUGUGUCAGGGGAUGGGUGGGGCGGGACGGCAUCAUGCGCUGAAUGGCUCACGAGCUGAGCGCUUCCGUCCUGUCCCGACUCGCAGUGCGCGUUGUCUUGCUGGCGAUGCGCUUUAGAAUGACGACACACUCAACAACAGACCUAUAGUUCCAGCGUUUCUUAAGCUUUCCUGAAAGGAGGUGCUCGGGCAGAACAACUGACAUCGUCUCGGAAGGAUAGAUCCGCCUGCAGACAACAUUCUCCUCCUUAUGUCGUAGGGAAAUGGAGAGGCUUGCAUGUAGUUCCUUCUCGUUCGUUUGCCAUGGGCAGUGUUACAGCUUGCCAUUCCGUUUACCUCUAGAAUCAAUUUAAUUAAUCAUUCGUAAAGCGAAAUGUCUGGACAGUCCGUCAGUCAUUAAGUAUAAUUUACGGGGAAUACUGGAAGGACAUAUCUGAGGUUUCGCUUAAAUCCACUUCAGCUGAAUAUCUUACUGUGCCCCUGAGUCCAUGCCGCAGACUUCCGUGAUUCGUAAUGCUGUUGUCUGUGUUAGGGUACUUUUUGUUAGUUUGUACAGUUCUUGUGCAUUUCACGUUGUUCAGUGCAAUUAAUAUAUUGUACCCACUUGUGGUUGGAGCUGAUACGGACCAACGGUGUAAGAAGUAAAUAAAGAAUCGAUGUUUACUGCUGUAACGUGCAUCUGAAGUGUUACAGCUUACGCUAUUUUUAGGCGACACAUCUUGUCAGAAUUGAAGGAACGAAGGCCCAGUGUCGCUGGAUUCAACUGCCUACACCAAGGGAUGAGCGGGGCACUUACGUUAAAACGCUUUUCUUUUUCUUCUUAGUAUAU